AUGCAUCAACGACGCAGCAUGUCCACGUAUCCCGCUCUUCUGGAGCCUGUCUGUCGUCGACGGCAGUUACCUCCGACUCCUGUAACGUCAUUACGACGAUCCAGUAGUCCACGUAUUCUGCCUACUCCACCACCGAUUUCACCCAUCGACGUUAGCCGAUGUCCAUCUGCAGCGCUUCUGGAGCGACGGGCUUCUGGACGAAUACUACCUCGACCACCGAUGGUCGACGUUCAGCCCAGUCAACAGUCUCCUGUACAGACUUCACCUUCCCCAAUUGUCACACCGGAACCGAUUCCUGAACUACCUAUUGAGUCUGAUGCACCUGAUUCUCCACUGAUUCAACGUUUUGGGGAUUUUGCAUCGCUUGACCACGACACACCUGAUGGUACCCGAUCUCAAUCCUCGUCACUUUCUCCGUCUAUUGAGCAGGUAUGUAUAGGCACAUGCUAUCAUGAUCAUCUCGAGGGUAAGGCUAAGUGGGCAACGAGCGAAAAGCUCCCGCACAACAACUGUUCUCUUCUUCUUUCAUCACAGAGCGUGUAG